UGUAUUGAAAGUAAUCAUAAUGGAAUGCAAACUGAUUGACCGAGAAGGAACUUUUUCGGGACACUUGCCUUUGUCAAAUAAGACACUACCUUGUAGGAACUAUGUUACUCUGGCAAUAAUUGGCUGUCAAAGCUCAGGCAAAAGCACUUUGUUCAACGAAUUGUUUGAAACCAAGUUUCCUGUUCUAGACGCAAAGAAGAAUGGCAGACAACGUACCACUUUGGGUAUUUGGUCAACUACUAAGAAUGUGGACCAGCUGCAGAACAAGGAAUCCAGUUCUGAACGUGGAUGUAGUCGACAACUGGUACUGUUGGACGUUGAAGGAACAGAUAGUAGGGAACGACAGGAACCAACGAAAACUUUCGACCUUUGUACUACACUUUUUUGUUUAACUGUUGCGGACGUUAUUUUGGUAAAUCUAUGGUUUAGAGAUGUGGGAAGACAUCAGGCCUCUAAUGCUGAUCUCUAUGCUUCGGUAUUCUCCACAACACUAAAAUGGAAGGAAAUAGAAGGAUUGGACGUUAUGAGAAAGAAGCAUUUGAAGACGAGGUUAUUGAUUGUUAUUAGAGACUUUGAAGAAGUAGAAGCUUCAGAAGAUCAGGUGAAGUGGUUCAUUUCGCAAGACUUUAGAAAUAUUUGGAAAACCGUUGAGAAGCCCAAGUCUUUGGAAGACACUGUCAUGGAAGAUAUUUUCAUUUUAAGCUUUCAUUUUUUGCCUAAUGUAAAGUACAGGAAAGAUGAGUUCGUAAGCUCUGUUUCUAAGUUAAGGGAAAGAAUAUUACAUGACGAUGAUUCUUGGAGUUCAUCCAUAACUGAUUCCCUAUGGAAGAAAGAGAUUCCUUUGCAAAUUUUAGAAAUGUUUCUGAAAGAAUCUUGGGAUCUCAUCAAACAACGCCAAGGUCUGAAUAAUGAUUUGAAUAAUAUUUCCUAUUUUGAUUUGAACACACAUAAGAAGUGUUCUUUUUAUCUUGAGCAGUCAUGGAACGAAUACAAGUUAAUGUUGAUUGAGUUUCAAAGGACAGUUGAAAGGAACUAUAGUAAGCCUAUCGAAGAAUUUUCGAAGGUGGCCAAUUCAUUGUAUAAUGAAUGUCUGGCAUGUUAUGAUCGCAUGGCAGCAUCAUUCCGAAAUACAUCUUCUUAUCAACUAAAGCGAAAAUUGUUAGGUGUUAAACUGACGAGUGAGUUGCUUGAAGUCCGAAAAUUUCAAAUUUGGGCAUAUCGAGAUCAGAUACUUCAUUCUUUUGAAAUAGAGUUCGCUCCUAUGAUAGGCGCUGUUGGUAAUUUCAAGAAGAAUGCAGGAAAUCUUGUGAAGCGAAAAGUGAAAGAUUUUCAAAAAUGUCUAGAGAAGUGCAGAGUUCCUGGAAUGUUAAAGGAAGAAGAACUAAAUGAUUUACAGGAUCUCGAACGCACACUCCGUGACCAAGUACAGGAUCGUAGUCGAGAAGGAGAGCUUAUGUUUCCAAUGGGUCUCUCUUCUGGAAAUACAAGUUAUUCUAGAAGAUCCACACCUUGGUGGAAGGAAUUACUUAUCAAGGCUUUUAUUCUGUAUCUCCAAUAUCUUCAGUCAAAAGCAAACAAAAGGACGCAACGAAAGAAGAUGCAAAAUCAAGAGAGAAUACUUCCAAAAGGUCCAACUUUUUGAGUUGAAAGUUAUUUCUUCACAGGAAAGGUUCUUUGGGUG